AGGGGGAGGGAAAGGAUGGGAGGGAGCAAAAAGAGACCGGACCCCACCCCACUUUCCACAAUCCACACCCCUUCUUCCAUGGCCUGCCCGGGUCGGGCUUGAGUGAGCGGCAGAGAUUUGUAUCCUCCUCCUCCUCCGCCGCCAGCGUUCCUCCUCCUCCUCCCAUGCGAAGGGGGACACAGCCCUCUCAGCUGUGUUGCUCUCACGCGUAAGGCGAGCCAUGGACAAGGUGAAAGUGCUGGAAGAACUGUUGCCAGAGAUAAGAUCCUUGCUGGUAAUGCUGGACAAAGAGCAUCUGAGCGGAGCUACCAAGGAGAAGAAGACAGUCGUGGUGGCGUUGAUGAGCAAGCUGCAGCCUCCAGAUGGUAACGUACAAGUGGAGGACAAAGAGUACAUUUACAUGAGCUAUGGCCUUUCUAGAAACGGAACGAGCUUAUGGCAAGUUCUUGAACACUGCUGGCGGCCCACCGUUCACAAAUCAGAAGCAUCCCGCGCUCCGGCCAGACCUCAGAUCCCGCUGCCAGAGAUCCCACUGCCUCUACUGCUGGCAGAGGAGGGGGCCAGUCUGUCUGCUGGGGCAAAUGAUGCUUAUGAAGUGGCUGACCCUUUGACCCCAAGUCGGGCUCCUCAAUACACCAUGUACAUGAACAGCAACGGAAUAAGCACGGGGCCUGUUCAGGAUGCGUUCUACGAAGAGGCGGACGAGCGGCAGGUGCUGGAAAACAGCUGUCACCCCAAAAACCAUGACUCGGACGUGGCGAGCAGCUCCUACGAGUCGUAUGACGACGAGGAGGAGGACGGCAAAGGAGAGACACUGACUCGGCAGUGGCCCUCUGAGGAGGCCUCCAUGAACCUGGUGAAGGACAGCCGCAUCUGCGCCUUCCUGUUGCGCAAGAAACGCUUUGGGCAGUGGUCUCGUCAGCUCUGCGUCAUCAAGGAGACUCACCUUCUGUGCUACAAGAGCUCGAAGGACCAGCAGCCACUGCUCGACCUGCCGCUUCUGGGCUGCAGUGUAGCAUACUCCCCCAAGGAUGUGAGAAAGCGCAAGUACGAGCUGCGGAUAAACGGGCCCCCCGGCACUGACGGCGUGGUGCUCGCCACGCAAAGUCCUGAGCAGGCGGAGGAGUGGUUCAAGAUCAUCCGGGAGGUGUGCGGGGUGAGCGAAGGGACUGUGGACAUAGAUUGUCCAUCACCGACAUCCACGCUGUCAAGAGCGGAAACGGACAAGAGCUCUUCGUUGGAAAGAAACAUCGCAAUUGAAGAGGGAACGAUUGGCAAGAAUGGCUUAGAAGAAGUUAUCAUGAUGAAUGGAAAUGAUGGCAAAGACAAAGACAAAAGCAAGCGCACGAGUCUGGCCGAACUCAAGGACUCGGUCAGCAAGGCCACAGGCAAGCGGAUCACUCGCUUCAUGGGGCUGGGCAAGAAGAAGAAGCUGUCGGAGGAGCCCUCCUCGUCGGAGGAGGAGUCCUCGGCAUGCGGAUACCUCCAGGUCCUCAUCGGGGGCCGGUGGCGUGAGCGGUGGUGCCAGAUUAAAGACGGCGCGCUCCACGUGCACAAGGAACGAGGCGAGGCGCGCUCCGCAGUGGCCGUCCCCGCCAGCACCGUGCCGCUCGGCGGCUGCCAGCUGCUGCCCGGGAUGGACCCCAAGCACCCGUACGCGUUCCGCGUCUUGCGCGAUGGGCAGGAGGCCGUUGCCCUGGAGGCGGGCUGCAACGCGGAGAUGGUCCGCUGGCUGGGGCUCGUGCUGUCGGAGGCCGGAGGAGGCACCGACCCCGUCAUCCUGCCCUACGACUACGUGGACAUCAACGCCCUUGGUCACGUCUUUGAGGCAGAGCAGGACGCCUGCAGCCGGACGUUACAGAGGUCUCCGGCCGGGAAUGUUGAUUCCAAAACAAGUGUGAGACGGAACGCUUCGCUUAAUGGUCCCUACAAGCAGCCAAACAAGGAGGGGAAGGGGGAGGCGGGCAGACACGCUGCUCUGUCCCGCCAGCGCUCUGACCCUCUGCACUACCAGAGCCCCUCCCCAAGCACACGCCGAGCACAGGGUUUGGGGGGCAAGCCCCCCACGGGACCCAGUGCUGGUGACCAGGGGGGCAGGUGUCUGCCCAGGGAUCGCAGGCAGCAGGAUAAGAAGAUUUAUGUCACAGGCAGAAGAACAACUGUAAAACAGCAAGCGGCAGCGCUGAGCGAACAGAAGGAGAAACCGCAACAGAACGCAACCGUCAAGAGGAAUCCUUCCAACGCAGACUCGCAGCGUUACGGCAAGCAUCGCGCAGAGGCCGACGCGAAGAGGUUCCAGGCAGAAAAGGAGGAGUUGGAGAAAAAGAAGGAACGUCUUCGAUGCCAACUGGCACAACUCAAGACCCAGCGCAAGGAACUCAAGGAGGCUAUGGAGAAAUGCACGGGUGGUGGCAAGCAGCGGCUCGGGAGGCUGGAGGAGCGACUGCACAAACUCGAAGACGAGUGCCGGACGCGCGAGCAGGAGCGUGUGGAGUUGGAGCUCAAGAUCACCGAGGUCAAGGAGAGCCUGAAAAAGGCCCAAGCCGGAGGUCCUUCGCUGGGUAUCACCAUCGACCCGAAGGUCGUGGGUUCUCCUCCUCUACAGAGUCCCCAGGUACAGAGGGUGAAGCGUGGCAGUUCCCUCGGCUCCAGUCCAGAGCCCAGCGACACAGACAUGGCGAUGCUGCCCGUCAACUGUGCGGCCAUGCUCAAGAGGAAACAGAAUUCUGCACCGCAAACUGGCCGAGGCCACGUCAUUCAAAAGGCCAAGGAGUGGGAGAAGAAGGGGACAAACUGAGACGGGUGGUUACACUGUGGCGGUGUGGCAUCAACCACAAAAAAAAUAUAUGUAUUUUAAAAAAGAACUUUGUGAAAACACUGACAAAAAAAUUAACGUCUAUGGAACUGCAGCCAAAUCAUCUCUGCUCAAAGUAAAGUGAUGUCUCUGAAAAUGAACUGACUUUUACACAACGACGUGUGUUCUGCAGACAUUUCAUGGCGUGUAAAUCAAGCGUCGCAUUGCUUGUAUCUUGCUGUUUAAGAUACUCAUUAGUACAUUAGCUAAAGGUUGUCCUGUUGAGGAGGGGUGUUCUGAUGCAUUAAUUUGUUAGUUAAUAUCAGCUCUUAAGCUAACCAAUGUGUGCAUCAAAUCAUAUCUGCAUCAAAUCAUGUGUACAAUCAAUGUGUAUUGAUUCACACAUCUUGUACAGAUGCUGCUGUGGUGAUGUAAUGGUUAGCUUACUGGACUUUCCAAAGGUCACCAGUUCAAUCUCCCUGUGUUUCAGUUGAAACCUUGGAUGUGUUUCUUAAAUCCCUUCCGCCGCUUCGGUCCACCCGAGUCAUAUGAGCGGGUAGACCACAGUUCGUCCGUCGGCAGGUCACGUACAUAUUUAAAUUGAACUUGUUUUGCACCGUACGUAGCCAACCGUGCUCCUAGGUGUGGUCGGUAAAGUAUGGGUGCUGCCAUCUCUUCCAAGACAUCUGGCCAGAGUGAAAGAGUAGAUAACAAAAAAGUAUCCUGCUGGAGGGGGGGGGCGGCCCUCUCGAGUGCAGGCCGUUCCACCAGAAAUUGCAUGAGCGAGCAAUUUCAGGGCGACACCUUUUACUUUUUAUAUCCUGCAUGGAAGGGUUUCACGUGACCCCCUCCCCCCCCCAACGCAGAGCAGCCACUUGUGGCCACUACGGUCAUCAAAGCGUUCCAGAGAAUUGUCACCCCCCCCCCCCCCCCCCCCGCUAUUGCGUUUCUUGUCACGGUUCUUUCUUUCCUCUCUGUGGACACGUAGUAACUGCCGCAAGUACUGGGAUAAACAUCCGCUUUACGGCCGUAUUUGUGUUUGAAAGAUGUAGAUGUAUGCGGGUUUUUUUUUUACGUAUGCAAUAGUUCUGCCCCAUCCACAUGUGUUUGUGGUGCCAUUGCAUUGAAGGAAAUGCAAGGAUCACGUUUCAAAAAAAAAUCGGAUUGGGACAGCAACUUUAUAAAUUAGACAGUUGUUAUGCAGUUGUAACCAGUGUUACUUCGGCGCAAGUUUCUGCUGUUGUGCUGUGCAUACAUAAAUAUCCGAUUUGCGUUUGGGUUGCGUUUCCGGGUUGUGAUUUCUGACUCGAAGCUCUCGGCACGUGGAUCGUGCCGAGCAACGACGUCUCACUUUGCACGUGCGCUCAGAAUCUCGCCAGGAACUGGAUUGAGUAGAUUCUCCCAAUUCCUGAAAAAGGCUCCCCAGCACGUGGUAAGGAAUGUCGGACGUCGUGCCGAACAAUAUGACGGUACAAC